AGGAAGUUAGAAUGCCAGGCGUCGUCUUCGGGUUCCAGAUAGCAUAGUGCUUAUCAGGUGUAUGAACCAGGGAGAGGGGAUACAAACUGCUUCGACAUGGAAGAGGCGAUCAAGAAGCAGGGCAUGCUGUAUUUGCAGCAGCAGAGGUUUGGGAAGAAAUGGAAAAAAAUGUGGUCGAUUGUUUAUGGAGAAAGCAACUGCUCUAUUUCUCGCAUGGAGUUCUUUGAGUUUGACAAGAGCCUUCGCAAACAGGAGAAUAAGAAAGUGAUCAAGCUGAGCGACUGCAUCCGAGUGACGGAUGUAAAGAUGGAUGGGUGCCCAAAAGAAUCCAUCCCUUUUCUUGUGGAAACAACAGAGAAACUGUUUGUGUUUGCAGCGGAUAGCUCCGAGGUUGAUGAAUGGACACAGACUCUCUGUGAAGUAGCUUUUCCAAUGAAUUGGACUGAGCAGCCUUUGGCUUGCAAGAGGGGCAGUCUGCAGGGGUCGCUUAAGAGACAGCCUGCUGUGGCUAUGGAGGAAAACUCCCUCUACAACACUAGAGGAAGCGCAAAGGAGUUCGUAGUGUCUGUACGAAAGACUGAUGCAACAGAAAGAUGCCGACUACGUGGGACAUACAUCCUGAAAGUAGAAGAUGACAGCCUGGUUCUCCAAGACAAGAAAUCAAGAGAAGCCACGUUCAUGUGGCCCUACAGGUUUUUAAGGAGAUUCGGACGGGACAAGGUGACGUUCUCCUUCGAAGCAGGGCGCAGGUGCGCUUCCGGAGAAGGCAACUUUGAAUUUGUAACCAAACAGGGGAACAACAUUUUCCAAGCCAUCGAAUCCGCCAUCAACAUGCACAAAACGACCAUCACAGAUCCCAACUGGCACUGUGCUUCAUCCGAAGCAGACCUCCCACCACCCCCUAAGCCUCCGCCUGUGGGGGACUGUGGCUUCUACAGCACAGUAGGCCAGCCAGCGUUUGAAUCUCAGAUUCCUAGCAGAGCCAGGGAAGGUGAAAUGUCAAGUGAGACCUUGCCUUCAGGAGUGAAGAGCUUAACUCUUGACCCCAAACCAAGGAAAGCACCAGUCAAGAACAUUCCGAGCCUGCCGUUGUCUUCGGACCUGGCCUAUUCCCAGAUUUCCAGGACGGUUGCGGACCAACCAAAAGACAAAGCAGCUGAUAAAAAACACGCAGAUCUGAAAAACCCAGAUUGCGAAUACGCUGUCCCUUUUGACACCAUUGCCAAGAAUCUGAUGGCCUCUGGCUUUGGCGCAUUUUCCCUGCCCAGCCUAGACCAAGCCUCUUUUGAAAAAGAGGAGCCAUCCAUUUCAACUCAUGUCCAAGCCGCUGAUCCACUGUACGACUCUAUAGAUGAAAGAGCAGUGCAGUCAUGGCGGAAGGGCUCAACUUAUAAGGUGGAUCACAUCUAUGACGAGCCAGAAGGGUGUGCAAUGGUAGCAUCUGCAACCUCCCUGUACGAUGACCCUGAGGAGGUACGAGGCCAUGCUUGGAAGCUCCAGGGUACUGCAGAGCCAUCUGGCCAUGAAUACCCCUAUAACCCACACAUCGAUGACUAUGCAGUUCCUAAGCCGCCCAAGAAGGCUUUUUAUGAUGAUGAGUACUGUGAAGAUGGCAACAUAAGGGAGGAUGAGAGUCUAGACACAACAUACGAUAAUGUCAUGGUGAAGCUUAUGGCCAAGAAAAGCAUGGAGUGAUAUCAUUAUCUGUAUAUAGUGGGUAGCCUCUAUUCCGACCAUCAAAAAGACAAAACCACUCCAAUUCCAUUAACUUUUUAACGUGAAAACAAAAGCUUUGAAACUCACAAUAAGUUAUUUUUUUUAAACUAUUUGUUGUACACAAGCUGCUUCUUUAUAUCAUGUGUAUAAGCCAGUUAUUUGAUUCCCAAAACAAUAUCUGUCUGAAAGUUAUAUGUAUACAUGUAAUACACAACUUCACAGGAAGCACAAACAUUUAUUGCUGUUUUACCACAAAAAAAAACAAUAGGCAGAUUUAAAGUCUUUACAGGAAAGUGCAUCUUAGUUAUAGCAUAUAAACUGCCAGUGCAUGGGCAUUACAACCUACACAGUUACAAUCUAGUAUUACAGAUGAGACUUAUGGUAAUUAUGACUAUUUAAAAAAAGAGAUAUGGGCUAAAGAUAUAGGUCCUGGUUUUUCACUGUGGGAAAGUUGCCCCCUUCAUACAAUUGCUAUGGAGCGGGCAAUUUGCCUGCAAGUUGCCCACAAUGGAAAAAAUAGUAUAUACAAGGAUAUAAGGCAAAAUCUUGGCCACUGAAGUCUCCGAAAUAGAAAUGAAAGACUACCUGACCAAACGUUUGUCUAAAUGUAUUAAUAUUUUCAGUUCUACUGUUUAAUGUAAUGUAAUUGUCAUGCUGGAGUGUAAUAAUGACAGCACAGUAAAAAUAUGUUUUAACAUUUAAACUGUAUAUAACUAUUGAAAAUAGAUGAAAAUGCAAAUAAUUUAACAAUAGAAAAAAGUAGCAUGAUAUGAUUACUGUUCCUAUGUGGUCUGCUGGGUGAUUUUCCUGAACUGUCGGGUCUAUUUUCAUGAUCCAAAUAGGGGCGGAUCUCAGAACAGCCACCUUCAAAUGACAUUUUUCUCAGAUCCCAUUUAUUAUAUUUUUAUUGCAUGUAGGACUAUUAAUAAGUAAACAAUUAUUUAGCCUGAUCUGUCUCUGUUCAGAUCAAUGGUUCUUGAGACCAAAAUGUUGUUCCGGUAAUUGUAAACUUGAUUUCUUCAAUACAGGUGCAGUCGACCAUUGCAGUCUACUGCUCUGUGAUCUUAAUCUCUUCCAUUGUGCCACUUCAUACUGUAAAUCUGCCCCUUACUGACAUUCUAUUCUAGCUGUUAACUGGCAAGAGAAAACUCAGUUUAAAAAAAAAUAAAUAAUCAUAAAUCAUAUGUAUCCUCAGUUGUGAAAUGUCAUUGUUACAAUGCUCCUGCCCUCAGUCAGCGAAAUCAUAAUUUGAAAUCUUAAAUGUGGCUCGACUUUUUCAAGAAAGUACACAGUGUGAAAUUUAAUUUGCGUUGUGCAGUGCCACCAAAGACUAUGGUAUUGAUUCAUAGGCAUGUUUUAAAGUUUUACUGUACUUCUUACUUUAAGAAAGCAAACCUGUAUUAAUGUAAUCAUAACUUAUCCAAAUAAAAAAGAUUGUACAGCCCUUUUUAAAUUAUACAGCCACAACCUUGUGUUCAUCCCUCAGAGUUUACUAAAUCUGCAGGCAUUUGAGUAAUUGAAAUCGGAAUUAGAACGAUUUAUAAUCAAAAAAUAAACGAGCGCUUAUUAAGAACGUUACACGUAUAUGUUAACAGCGCCAUUAAUCAAUGGUGAAGCGGGCUGAUAGCCUUUCCUUGCUUGGUUAAAUAAAUAAUAAGAGGGUUGGAAAGCAAACCGACGUGCAAAUUAUUGUAGACCUGGCAGUUGAUGAAUGAAGUUGUGAGAGGUCUUUGUUAAUUUAUAAACGCAUUAUGCGUGCUGGCUACAGAGCUGUUGAUAUACUAGCAUGUAAAUCAUGUUUUCUUACAUAAAAUGCAUUCUUGUUACCGGGUGUGCACUAGCAUGUAUAAUUAGAAGGGGCACAGUGUUUAAGUGUUUAGACAUUUCUUUCCUGGUAUUUCCUGGAUUAUUAUUUCUAAAUAAUGUAUUCCCACAUAACACGCUUCUUAAUAAGCUGCUGAAACACAUAUAACCCACAUGGGUCAGAAUAAACUGUAUUGAUCGGAUUAGAGCUAAGAGUUUACGAAUAAAAUACAUUUUGAUCAUCAAAAAUCAUUCAGACUAAAGGUUAUUCUUUCAAAUAACACAUAUUGUUCAAAAAAUAGUUUUCCGAGCUAUCAAGAUAAUAAAAAAAAAACUGCCC